CCCCAAACUUACACUGUAUGUCGGUGUGCGUUUGCGCGCGCGGCGUUUGCGGGUUUUGUUUUUUUUUUUUUUUUAAUUAUUUUUUAAUGUUAUGCUCUUAAGUGAAAGUACUGAGUGAAAGAGCGCGGUGUGGGUUUGGCUUCGCUCCUAUUAGGGAAAGGAGCAAAGAACGAGCGAGAACUUUAUACCAGAUCUUUUGCAAAAAAAGAAGAAGAAGAAGGGUGCACGCGCGUCGAAGAACACGCUUUCUCGCCCUACACGGAUCUUUAUUGCACUUAUAGUGAGCAAACUCGGGGCACGAGAACACGCCAAGUAAACAAGACUUUUCUCCCGGUGCAGCUGAUCUCCCACAGGAGUAACGAUGGAGAAGGUGCUAGCAGCGGCGCUACCGAGGACCAGAUUAGGGAAGCGCUCUCCUCUGGGAGCCUUAGUGUGCAACUCUUUAACAGAGGGUCUUGUGGAUGUAGGAGGACACGGAGACACAGACGGAGCUCCUAUGAUCUCUGGGAUUGGAGCAGGAGUUCACGGUGUCCACAGGGUGAAACUGUAUCCUGGGCAGAGGGUGUACGUGCAUUGUGGUGGAAAAGAACACGCCGGCGUUGUGGAGCAGCACAACCACGUGGACAACGAGGUGUCCAUAUUCGUUCAGCAGCUUAGUCAGAGCGUGCACCGGAAACUGGAGGACGUGUGGCUGAACCCAUCAGGCGGCGUCCAUCACUCUGUGUCUUCAUCAAUCGAUGUGCCAAAGAGGAGUGUAGAAAGUGCGGACAUGGAUGAAAUCAUGGCUGCUAUGGUGCUAACCAGUUUGUCCUGCAGCCCAAUGAUCCAAAGCCCUAUUCAUGGAGACCCAACUCCAGCAUCAAAUGGGACAGAAAGCACUGGUAGCGAAAUAUCCGAUGGUGGUUACUGGAGCUGUGAUCAUGGAAACAGCAGUCCUGCACCGUCUCCACCUGAUGCAGAGUCGGACCGCACUCCUCCUGUCGACGAUGGCCUGGACAUGGAGAUGGACCAGGUGCUGUUUGAUGAACCCGCGCCGAGGAAACGGAAGAACUCGGUGAAGGUUGCGUACAGGUGCCUGUGGCCAAACUGUGGCAAAAUCCUCACCACUAUUGUUGGCAUGAAGCGCCACAUUCGCACUCUUCACCUGGGCAAACAGACCGAACAGGAGCGCUGCCGAAGAGAAGAAGACUUCUACUACACGGAAAUCUACCAGGACAUGGAGCAGUCGUCAGCUUCCGCUGGCUGCAGCACGCCAUCCAGUCCGAGCCAUCAGAGAUCUUCUCCGCCCACCCCGGAGCCUCUCCAUCCCAGCGCUCUCAGCCAGUCAGCUCCCAGCAGCUUCUGGCAGGUCCACUCUGAACACUCAUACCAGGCUCCGCCUCCUGUUGGUUUGACACCGUGUAAAGCAGUGUGUGUGCCUGCCCCGCCCCGCUGGACGCCUCUCGUCACGGCACACCAGAACAAACAGGCCACUCCAUUCCGUCAACGUUCAGUAAGCGUCGGAGAACAGUGGCUCCAGAACCACAGCGCCCCCUCCAGGCCUCCGCAUCUCGCCAGCGUUUCACCUCCUAGAACCCACUGUGCUACAAGGAGGGUUCGAGGCGAGGCUAAAAAGUGCCGUAAGGUGUAUGGGAUCGAGCAUCGGGAUCAGUGGUGCACAGCCUGCCGCUGGAAAAAAGCAUGCCAGAGAUUUUUGGACUAAAGUCUGUUCUAAAGUCACCGAUGUUCGAUCCAGGAGACCGUGGAAGAAAACAUGGAGAAGUGACGCGGUAGUGAAGAAAAACUGGAUGAACAAACUUUUUUGUGUGUGUGUGACAUUUUACUGUAUUACGGUGCUGUUUUUUUUCUCACCUUGGUGUCCAUUUUAUCUUCGGACUGAUCUGUGCUACGCCUCGUCUCUUUCCAGCAGUCUUCCUGAGGUCGUGCUCAUUUCUUUCUUCACUAUGAAAUAGCCAUAUUUUUUGUGGAUCGUGGCACUCUGUAUGGUGAUUGUUUACCGCGAGAGAUUCGCAGUCAUUCCAGAAAACCUUCCCGUCUUUUUUUUUUUUUUAAUAAUUUUUUUUCCCUCAUCAUGGAAAGACUUUGCUUUUUUCUUUUCUUUUCAGGGGAGGAAGUGAACGGCAGCUCGACGGUGAAAGUGAAUUAUAUGGACAUGCUUUAAAAGCAUACACACCUUUUAUGUUUAUGUAUGCCAUGUAUACCAGCUUACGUGCUGUUAUGUGUUUUAUAACGACAAACAGAGCAGAAAAAAAAGUUUCUUGUAUUGAGAUUUGUCAUUAUCCGUCUGUCUCGUAUCUUAUGCGCAAAAGACAUUUUCCUUUUUUUCUGUUUCAGCGCUGGUUAUCGUCUCCAGCAUCAAACCAUCAAAGCUUAUUUGAUCGCAGUUACGUUUUUAAAAAAGCAAAAAAAGUGACCAGUCUUUGGAUUGGGAAUUAGUUGAUAUUUUUUUGAUGUUUUUAGCAAAUCCGUUUUUAUUUAACGCUUAAAAAGUAUGCAAUUUUUUUGUUCCAAUUGAAGUCUUGUUUUUUUUCUCUUGUUUUUAAUUGUACUUCCGAUCACUCCCUUAACGCUCAAGCUCAAGCUGCACUACUUUAACUUGUGUAAAGAUCCAGAUGAAUUAAAUCAGAUUUAUAAAAUUGCUUUAGCAUGGGUUUGUAAAAAGACAUGGCUUUGAUGACAUUUUCUGAGGAAAAAAAAAAAAAAAAAAAAAAAGCUAAAGAAAAAUUCUUGUACAGUAAAGAUUUUGAUUUGUGCUUUAAUUUCACACAACAAACAAAAACAUAACAAUGAACCAAAAAAAACCCCACCGUUUAUUGGAAACUCUUAAAUUUUUUUGGGUCCAAGCAUUUGAUUCUUCUUUAAUUUUUUAUUUCGAAAUGCUGUCAUGUGCUGAUAUUUUAAACGUCGGUUUCGAAAUUGUUUGCUUUAUACACAACUAAAGAAACUUUCAGAUAUGAAAAUAAAAGAACAUUGGAGUUGGUUCAAAAUCAGGACCUUUUAUUUCCCCCCAAAUACAAUCUGAAGUAUCUUCAUACGAGCUCAGUGGAUGCAACCUGUACAGUAUUUUGCAUGAAAUGACUUCUGGAGCUUUUCUUUGUAAAUUGUCAUUUUCAUGUUUUAAUACACUUUCUAUCAAAAGUAA